AUGGCCCAAGCCGCUCAUCGCGAUCAGCAACCCAAGACCCCUGCAAAAGCAUCAGCCCCGAAGCCGAAACCUGGAAAACUAUCUCAGCAGCACAAAUCGCCACCCCGGAAGAUCCGCAAGCCGAUCUUUGAUGAUGUCGAGGAACAGAUACACUCGGAAGCGCUGUACGAGGACGACGAUGGCAAGCACAUUUAUCUCACCAGGGGAUGCUUGUUGGGCGAGGGCGGCUUUGCGCGAGUCUACGCGAUGAAGGACGAGACAACCAACAAGAUGGGCGCGCUCAAAGUCGUCAACAAGGACCAACUCAAGAGCAGCAAGAACAAGAGCAAACUGUAUGCCGAAAUCAAGCUCCAUCGGUCCAUGGACCACCCCCAUAUCGUCAAAUUCCAUUCUUGUUUCGAGGAUAGUCAGAAUGUAUAUCUGCAGAUGGAACUAUGUGAACACGGGUCACUGCUCGAUCUGCUGAGGUUAAGGAAACGAUACAGUGAGCCAGAGGCCAGGUUGUUAUUGUACCAGCUGAUCUCCGCAUGUGCAUACAUGCAUGAGUCCUCCGUGAUCCAUCGCGAUUUAAAACCGGGGAACUUAUUCUUUGCUACUGAAAGCUCCUCACUAUACGGACAAGAUGGGAAGGAUGGCGCAGAUGCCGAGCGUGGCUUGUGUGUCAAGGUUGGUGAUUUCGGACUGGCUGCACUCGUCAAAUUCAAGGGCGAUCGACGCAAGACGAUAUGUGGAACUCCAAAUUACAUCGCCCCUGAGAUUCUUUUCGAUCAGACCAAUGGCCAUUCUUUCGAAGUUGAUAUUUGGAGUGUUGGGGUUAUACUCUACGCUCUACUGAUUGGUAAACCGCCAUUUCAGACCAAGGAUGUCAAUCAAAUUUAUCGAAACAUCAAAGCCAAUGCAUACUCAUUUCCCAGUCCCUCCCUUAUCUCCCCUUCUGCCACUGAUCUGAUUUCCCUCAUCCUCAAUCAAAAACCUGAGGAGCGACCUUCACUGGGCGCGAUAGUUUUACACCCGUGGUUUUCGGACGGGCCGUUUCCAUUUAUGAUUCCAAUGAGCGCGCUCGAUAUCUGUCCUGAUUUCUCGAAACUCAGCAAAUUCCAAUCGGAUCGAUUCCGCAGCGAUUACAUCCGUAAGCUUGGACUGGACGCCGCCCUACAAGAAGAAUCGAUCAGUAUGGCCAAUCUAAGCCGUAAUCAACGCACCCUGGGGGGAGCUGGGGAGACUACUGAUGACCGACAUUUGAAUGAAAUUGUCGAGGAAGAUGAAGAUGAAGGAGUCCGGGCAGUCUCGAAGAAGAUGUCGAAGAUCGCAUUGAAAUCUGAGGCUCAAGAGGUUUUAUCUAAGGGUAAGAGGGCGCUGGCAGCAUCGGCUAAUAGCGAAAGGCCACCCCAGAAGAGAGUGGUCUCUGCUGGCUCGGUUGGUGUGACGUUGAAUGACCCGAUCAAAGCAUCCAAAGAACGCAGAAGAGUGGAGCGCGAAGCACAAAGCGCCGUUAAUCCUGGCAGUCCGAUCUCCGAAUUGUUGAAGAGUGCCAGGAAACCUCUUUACGUCUCCCCUCAUGCCAACAUGCAGCAACCAUUAAUGUCGAUGAAAGGACAAGGUGUCAACCAACUCUUCCAGAAGAUGGUCGAGGAAAAAGAGAACAAGCGCGCUGGAAAAGAACCUGAAAGACCGAUGUCGAACGCCGAGGCCGGUCAAGACACGGGAGGAGAGAACGAGAUGGAUGAACGGAAUGGGCUUGGCCAGAGUACAAGGGCCGAGCGGAAGGCGAAGAGACAAGUAGUCCCCCAAAGAAUUAAGGACGAGAACGACCCUGGGAAACAGAAGGCACGCAUAGCUAGCGGAAUGUUGGACUACGCGUCUGGCUGGUCGGGCGCCCAACGUAAUCAAUAUCUGGACGACGGGGAGGAUGCUGAUGAGUUGGAUCUGGAAGAGCAAGAAAAACCAACACAAUCCCUCGCAAAACCUUCAACCCAACGCUCCAAAUCAGGUACUAAGGCUUCAUCUGAGAAACAGCCUGAAUCCCUCAGAUCUACUGCAGGCCAACCGGGACGACUUGCCCAGAAAGCGCCUGCAACGACCUCCUCAACCAGCGAGCAGAACUUAGGCCGGAGUGGCGUGACGAGGAAGCCGAAACUGACGGCCUCUCAAAACCCGACGUUAGCAUUGUACGAUGCGUGCCAUCAAACACUGAUGGCUGCGCUCGGAGCGACGACACCGGAGGCCUUGAUGAGGCUGCCCUUCUACGACGGUCCGCCCGAAGAUGAUCCUCAAGACCAAGCACAGGCUCCCGGUGUCUUCAUCCAAUCUUGGGUCGAUUAUACCCACAAAUAUGGCACCGCUUAUGCUAUGACUGACGGCUCCUCCGGCCUCUACUUCAACGACGGCACCACGAUGGUCAUGUCCGCUGAUCGAAAUCACUUUGAUUAUAUUUUCAAUCGUACAGGGAUGGUAUAUCAGCGAAAGAAUUACACCUUGAAGCCAAAGAACUAUCCGAUCGAGUUAGAACGAAAGACGUAUCUACUCGAAUAUUUUGAGGAUUAUAUGUUUACGACGUUGAAGAGAAACGUUAAAUGGGCCUAUCGGGAUUUGAAUCGGACCAAACACUUGGACUUCGUCGUUAAGUAUUAUCGUAUGAAUAAUGCAAUUGUCUUUAAAAUGAGUAACGAUCUCAUCCAAAUCAAUUUUUGGGAUCAUCAAAAGCUACUGCUGACAGACAAUGCGCGGAAGAUCACGUUGAUUGAGCCCGACCUGAAUCUGAAAACGUAUUACAUUGGCGAGUUGUUCAAAGAGGCCUACGAGCUAGGCUUGUUCAAGCCGAGCACUGGCAAUCAGAAGAAGAAUAAGUACAAACUGAACAGCAAUCACGACGGGCAGCACGAUGAUGAUGAUGAGGAGCAGAUGGACGAGCAGGAUAAUGAGGGCGAGGAUGAUGAUGAGGAUCAAGGCAAGGAUCCAGAGUGGAUCGCCCAGAAGAAAAAAGUCGCCUUCGUCUUGUCCAAGUUAGAGUAUGCUCGAAGCGUUUUGAAAUCUCUAGUCGAUAGGGGCUCGAAAGACAAAGACUCAAAGAAGUCUAGCAAGACAUCCGCUUGA